UCUUUGACAUUUAUAUUUUUGACGAAAAACAGCUCAAACGUCCCCUUUUAACUAAAUCUUCGGGAAGUUAAAAUUGAUCAGAAUGCAAAGACGAGCUACACAGUUUGAUCCUUUUGAUCGGCGGAAUAUUAAAAGCGGCAGCAUGGAUCCUUGUACGGAAAUUCUUCGGUCAAUUGCUCUUUUCAUAAUAAUAUCAAAAAUGCUGGCGUACACAGCAAUGAUGCUACUCAUUCUGCUAACAGAUGACACAAUCCAUAGUGUCCUGAUGUCCGACAAAAACACUAUAUCAAAUUUGAGCCGAAUUUUCGAUGCUUUUAAGUUAAUAUUUUGGGUAAUCCUGAUGCAAUCAAGCAUUAUUUGUGCUUUUGGCAUGUUUGGAUUUGCUCGACUCAAUCGUUACUGUUUAUCUUUCUAUGGGAUGGCUUUGAUACUGAUGUGCAUAUGGCUGAUUUAUUUCUCAAUCAUUAUUUGCAUACGAAAUGAUCAAGACAUGCCAAUAAUAAAUUUAUACGAAUCGGUUGAAACAAGUGCUAAAGCAAGAAGGGCCAUCGACAUAAUCCAAAAAAAAGACCAAUGUUGCGGGAAUAAAGAAUACGAUUUUGCCCAGGAUGAUAUUUUACCCAUAAGUUGCUGCCCUAAUUUGACAAAGGGCUCUAAAUGUCAACGUGAACAAGCAUUCAAGGUUUUAUGUCCUAUCAAUCAAACAACUGUCUUCACCAACUUGCAAGAUUCUGAGAUGCUAACACCAGUAGCUUCCAUUUCAUUUACUGCUUUCUUGCUAACAUUUUUUGAAGCCGCUCUCGUCUUUUAUAUGAUACAUCGUUUGGAUACUACGAGAACAACCCACAUAAUGCACAUAUAAAAUUACAGUACUUUCAAAAAUUCUCCGUUCUUAUUUCCCAAGUAGGCAAUUUAGUUAAAAUGUCAAAAUGCGACGUUUUAAAAAAGCUUCUGCUCUUCUUCAACAUUAUAUAUUUUUUGUUAGCUUUCAUCACUUUUGUUUUUUCAUUAGCUAUUCUAAUUAAAUACCGCGAAAUUGAUGGCCGUGUCAGGAGUUAUUGCAUUUUUGGUUUAGUCGACGGCUCUUUACUCUUUAUUAUCAUAAAUAUUAAUUUCUGUGGGAUCAUCAAGAAAAAAAUAUGGAAACUCAAGACGCUCACAUUUAAUGCAUCACUAAUUGCAAUUAUCCACACAUUGUUAGCAAUAAUAAAUUUUGUUAUGGCUUACGACUUAAGCGACAAGAAAACCAAAUUAGCCUUCGCUAAAAUAUUCGAUUCCUAUGACCAGAAAUACAAACACAAACAACAUGUGGAUAUAAUCCAAAAUGAAUUGAAAUGUUGCGGCUUGGAUGGACCCCAAAGUUGGACUUUGAAAAUUCCCAACAGUUGCUGUGAACACUCACCAUGUAACAACCACACGGCAUUUAAAAGGAGUUGCAGUAAAAGUCUUGACAACAAAUAUAAAACAUUCAAAUCGGUCUGUGGUAUUUUGAAUGCUGGUAUAGCUGUAGUGGCGUAUACUCUAGCUGCACUUGCGUUGUGUGUUGUACGAAAGGCGGUAAAGCAGAGAAGAAAAGCGAGACAAGAUCUUAACUAAAAUACAAUUUCAAUAAAGUUUCUAAACAUU